UUUUGCACAGCUUGUCCACCUUGUUACUCCUGUGGCAGCUCCAGCAUGCAUUUCUGCCUUCCUGUUGUGUUGUGGCUUCAAGUUUGAGCGCACAUCUCCCUUUGAUCUUCUCUUCGAGCAGCUCCUUCAGCACUGCGCCAAGAGGACGCAGCCACCAGCCUUCAUUCUGGAGGGUAAGGCCCCAGCUGAGUCCAGGAGGGGGGACGGAGGAUCCAGGGAAGUCGUCUCCCUCAGCCCAAUCCCUGCUGCUAUGCCUCUGACCCAGACAGAGAGCCCAGGACCCUGGCAGAGCGAGAGCCUGCUGGCAGAGUCCUGGUCCACAAUGGGCGACAUGGACCCCGAGGACACUAAGAGCCUGGACAGCAGCGACGGAGCGGCUCAGGCCGGGGAGGAGAACCACUCCUCUAACUCUGACAUGGUCCACCUGGAGCGAGAGGAGGCGGAGAUGCUCGAGGAGGCAGAGGAGGACGUGGAGGACGUGGAGGACGUGGAGGAUGAGGAUGAGCUGCAGUCGAGUGUGUUGAGUGUUUUAGGAGGGGAGAAGGAGCUGGGUGAGAUGAGGAAUGAGGCGAGGGAACUUCAGGCUCCAGAAACUGAGGGGCUCCUGGUGUCAGCAGAGGACCCUCGAUUGGAGAAGGAGCCUUCAGAGUUCAUGCAGGUGGUCCCCCCGAUGGCCCUGCCUCCUCUGCCUAUCGUCAGGCUCCAUCCACCUUCCACCACAUCCACGCCUGUCCCUUCAACCACAACCUCUGAAGCUGAAGAGCCUUACAUCACUGAGGGGCUCCGACCUCCGUUCAUCUUUGCACCGUUGGAGCCUCCUACAGAGAGUCCUGAGCAGCUAAAAUUCUCACAGAUUCCCCUUUCCGAUGUGGAGGAACAUUCUACUGAAACCUCUGAAGUAGCGAUAGAAAAGUCGGAGCCACAGCCCUCACCUCUACCAAAGACUACCAAACCGCAGAGCUCCACCAAGCGGCUGUUUGGAGGCGCUGCGUUAGUGGCUGUUGUAGGAGUUGUAGCGUAUGGUGCUAUUGCCUUCUGCAGAAAGUAGAAAUAUCUCCUUAUUCUCCUGCAUCACCCAUUCAUACAUUCAGGUCUUUGUUUUUUAAUGUAUUCCAAAAGAAAUAUUCCACUUCAGUCUCUGAAUUCUGGAUGUUACUCUCUGGCAACCUUUAUACUGUAGUCGUUAUUAGACACCUUCGUUUGAUUCAUUUUGUGCUACCUCAGCUCACAGCAGAGCUCAUGGCCUUGGUUCUUUCAGUACACAAUAGAUCUCUGAGGAAGCGUAGCCAGUGAAAUGCAAACCUGCGAUGUAAAAUCAACCAUGUACAAUUUUAAAGAAUCCUGAAACAUG